UUCUAUAAGGGAGAGAAGAGUUUGUUUAACCUGUCCACAAAUGCUUUGUAGAAUAUAUGCGGUGGGUUCAAGAAUAUGGGGUCUGAACCUGAGGCCUUCUGCUAAAGGCUGUCUGUUCUUGUAUGACCAGAGCUGUCCUGUGAAAGUUGGGUGCAGGUUGUGAUGACCAGAAUCAAAUCUCUGCUUUUUUACUGAUAGUGUUAUUGGGCUAUGACCUUAUGCCCUUAUGUUAUGUAUUUGAUUGCUUAGUAGGAGGGCUAAAGUGGUUUUGAUGAGGAGCAGCCAAACCUGGGGCCAUGGUUCUCCACCAGGAUUGAGUGACUUGCACUCUCCUGGUUGAGAGUUAGAAAAGGUCUGAGAGUGUUAUUGACAGAUUAGUGUAGCAUCUGUUUUAGGAUUGCUUUAUUGAUCUGCUGUCUUAAGUGCUGAACCUGAGAGGCAAGUGUUAUUAUAGGUCAAGGAUUGUAUAAAUAAAAGUAAGAAUUUACAUUCUCAAAUCAAUGUAGCAGUAUAGCUUAUAAUUAAAAUUUAUAGUUGCAAAGUCAUAUAAAAAAGAGGAAUGACAAGAGAGAGUGCCAUCUGACAGCUCUGAUCCACUGAGCAGUACAAAUGAGAAGCAGCUUGUCUGUCUGAAGUCGACACAUAGCUUUAUCUCCAGUGUCCACUGUUCUUUGUGUGACCUGGUUGAUGCAAGAGUGACUGUUUUUGUUGAGGAAGAACAUCUUGGUUUAACAGGAUGCAUUUGGUUAUUGAACCCAUCCAUAAUGAAGAUGUUACCAUAUUUUGUAGAAAAUGCUGUACUCACCCAGCGUGAGAUUCAUCGCAUGUAAGUCCAGUUCUUAAUCCAUUAUAGAAACACUACAUUCAACCAGUGGAUUGUAAACUAUGUGCCUAUGCUUCUUCAUGGUGUAAAAUGUUAUUAGGAACUUGUUACCAUGUGGAUAUGUGUGUUUUUUUUAUUUGUAAGUGUAUCUUGGAAACAAUUUACUGAACUGGAGUAACUAGAGAAUUUAGUUAAUUCAUGUUUGGUAAUGUGGGAUGGUAUUAAAUUAUGAAUAUUUUUUCUUUCAGCAUUUGAGCUAAUAGCAUUUCCACUGCAGCCCUUUUACUAAUGGUCUGACAGUGGACCCUCCUAAUAAUCACAAAAGCUCUUAGAGUAGAGUAUUUUCAAUAUCAUCCCCCUUCUAAAAUUUUAGAAUUAUUACAAUACAGAAAUGCCAAUGCUGAUAAAGUAAUCUUGAAUAUAUAUAACACAUCUACAAUUUUGAUAGUACUUUAUGCAUGUUACAUUACAUCACAUUACUUCACCAAUCAGAUUGUAUUUGUAUUUAUAUAAUUUUUUUGUUUGCGUUUUUUUGGUGUGGAACAAGCAUUUUAGGUUAAUUAUUGAGGAUUGUUUGGGAUUCAGGGUGUUUUGCAUUACACUAAGUCAGCAAAGGUCAGCCAAGUUGACAGGGACAGAUGGGUUAUCUGUCUCUCACCCUACAUUGUAAUUUGGUUUAAGUGAGAGCUUCUUCAUGGUGAAAGGGGCUGCUCUUUUCUUGCAGCAGGGCAGCAGUCAUCCAAACCAGAAAACUCAUCCUCAGUACAAACAUGCAGGUGAUCUUCCUCAGCACCUGCAAGUGAUGAUAAAUAUUCUCCGCUCGGAGGACAGAAUCAAACUGGCAGUACGGCUGGAGAGUGCAUGGUCUGACCGAGUGAGGUAUAUGGUUGUUGUGUAUACCAGUGGCCGACAGGACACGGAAGAAAAUAUUUUACUGGGAAUCGACUUUACCAACAAAGAUUGUAAAACCUGUUCAGUAGGCAUGGUUCUACCUUUGUGGAGUGAUGCAAAGAUUCACCUGGAUGGAGAUGGGGGCUUCACAGUGAGCACAGCAAAUAGGACUCAUGUUUUUAAGCCUGUGUCCGUGCAAGCCAUGUGGUCGGCACUCCAGGUGUUGCACAAAGCCUGCGAGGUGUCACGCCGGUUCAACUACUUCCCAGGAGGAAUAUCUCUCACCUGGACGGGCUACUAUGACAGUUGUAUUUCAUCGGAACAGAGCUGCAUCAAUGAGUGGAAUGCCAUGAAGGACUUGGAAACAACAAGACCUGAUUCACCAAUAAUGUUUGAUGACAAGCCUACACAGAGGGAAAGAACAGAAUGUCUUAUUAAAUCUACACUCAGAAGCAUUAUGACAUGCCAGGAUCUGGAGAACGUGACUUGUAAACAGAUCCGCACUGAGUUGGAGCAGCACAUGAACUGUAACCUCAAAGAAUAUAAAGAGUUUAUAGACAAUGAGAUGCUGCUGAUCCUGGGUCAGAUGGACAAAGCUACUCUCAUUUUUGAGCAUGUUUACCUGGGAUCUGAAUGGAAUGCAUCUAAUUUGGAGGAGCUUAAAGAAACAGGGGUGGGCUAUAUUCUCAAUGUUACUAGGGAGAUUGACAACUUUUUUCCUGGUACAUUUAAUUAUUAUAAUGUAAGAGUCUAUGAUGAAGACUCCACUGACCUCUUGGCCCAUUGGAAUGACACAUACAACUUCAUUGUCAAAGCAAAAAAGAAUCACUCAAAAUGUCUUGUCCACUGUAAGAUGGGUGUGAGCCGAUCAGCGUCCACUGUCAUUGCUUAUGCGAUGAAGGAAUAUGGUUGGUCAUUAGAGAAAUCUUACAAUUUUGUUAAGCAGAAACGAAGUAUUACACGUCCCAAUGCUGGUUUCAUGAAACAACUAGCAGAAUACGAGGGCAUUUUGGAUGCCAGUAAACAACGACACAAUAAGUUGUGGCAGCCUGGCUUGGACUGUGAGAUGUCUGAAGGGAUGCCAGUGACAGGUCAGUGUGGAGCAGACGAGGGGGACCAUGUGAUGCCAGAGCCAUUUAUGUCUCCUUGUUGUCAAGAAGCUCUGUCAGAUAAAGGCGCUGCUUGUCUGCCACGCCCUACUGUCUCUCUACAGAUUGAUCCAGCCUAUAACAAUUAUUAUUUUCGCCGACUCUCAGACUCGGCACUAGAUAGUGAACCCUCAACCCCAGUGCGUGGACCUCCCCUUUUGGGUAUGGAAAGGGUGUUCAUAGAGAUUGAAGAUGUGGAGAGGGACGCAUUACUGGAUGAUGAGUCUUUUGUUGGACGAGAAGGCCUGCACCUCUCACACUUUGGGCCCUCAGCUGAGUGCACCUCUGCUCAGAUAGGCAGCCACGGAGCUGAGCCUUUGGAGGAGCUGCGCAAGAGGUUGGAGUGUAGUACAGUGGAAGAGGAGGAUGAGGAAGAGGCACAAAAAGAAGAAGCAGAAAUGGAGGUGCUUAUGCAGCCAGACAAAGAAAGUGAAAUAACAGAAGGAGACAGUGAUGGCAAUGGGAUGGACCUAGCAGCAAUGAAUGACAACUCAAAUAACAACAACUUUUUGAGCAUCACACCCAACCCGAUGGAUUGUAUUUCACAAAGACUAUUUUCAUCUGUUGAUUGCUGUGAAUCCAUAGAAUCUCCUUCCCUGACUACACUUUGCCUUAACUGGAGUCCUAGGAGGAUCUUAAGUGCUUCAGUCUGUUCUGCCCAGACUACCUCUGAGAGCUUUGCACCCCUAGCCAGUCAGGUUGGUCCCUGGUGUAACUGUGCCAACUGUGUCCUCUCACCUAAUGGAACUCAUAGUGAUAAAAAAGUUAAACCGCAAAAGUCUGAGAGUAAGAUGAGGUACACAGCUGAUGACCUUUCUGAGAGUCUUCCCAAACUGAUGAAGCUGGAUUCACAAGAGGAGAAGCCUGCACUGGCCUAUCCAGGACAACAACAGGAGACUCUUGUGCAACUUAGAAAGUCUGGUUUAGUUCGUCGCCGUGCUGAAAGACUAGAAAGACUUUCUGGGUUAACCCAAGAACAUUUCUCACCCUUGAAGCCUUUGCAGACAUGUCAAAUGUCCAGAAAGAUCUCAUUUUAUGCUGGUGAAAAUGAGUUUUCUUGUGUCACAGGAGAUUUUUCCUCAAUACCAUGCCAUCGCCAAGUGCAUUUAGAGCCAUUAGUGUUGCCUUUGAACAGCGAGGCCUUGAUCGGGGUAGUGGACUCUGGUUUGCUCACACCAGCCUCCUCUCCUCGUGGCUCCACAAUGACACGCAGCUCCAGCACUGACAGUCUGCGCAGUGUAAAAGGCAGGCCCGGCCUGGUGCGUCAGAGAGCGCAGGAGAUAGAGACCCGCAUGCGCCUUGCUGGCCUGACUCUGCCCUCAAAGCUCAAACGCUCCAACUCACUGGCUAAGUUAGAUAGCCUUAACUUUUCGUCUGAAGACCUAUGCUCAGUUUGUUCAUCUGAGGCAGGAACUCUCUUGCUACUCUCUCUGUCUCCUGAACAAGACUCUGGACUGCAGUGCCACCCCAACCCUGCCUCUACAUUCUCUGAGUUGUGCAAGGAGUAUCAAAGUCCAGAGAGAAGACUAACCUUGGAGCCACGUAGUUGACAGGAAAGCCAAUGGACACACUCAAUCCUAAACAUCAAAAUAAUUCAUAAAUAAAGCCUUUCAAGGCAUACUGUAUGCCCUCCUGUGCUUUGAUAUCAAAUGGUGGUCAUACUGAGUGCUCAAGUGGUCAUAUUGCUGUAAUCUGACAAAUGUGUAAUGCCAUCAGUACUGAUUCAUAGACAUACAAGUGCCUUAUCCCUGAUGCCAGAGGCACACACCAUAAAUGGGAGAAUUAAAGGAUCUACAGACUUAUUACACAGCUGUUAUGUCUAAUGCUGUAUACAUUAAUUGGAACAUCAUAUUACCUUUUUACUUGGUUGCCUACUCUUACCUAAUGAACCAUGAACGUUACUGCAAGUCAAGUGAAUAUAUUCAGUUGUUUACAACAUUAAAAAAAAACAGAUAAAAAGCUAUAUAGUUAAAUGUUACCUCAUGCGCUACAGUGCAAACACUUGGACUGUAUUCAGAUCUAGUAAACUGAAAUCAGAGAAUUUCACUUUGCCAGAGGUAAACUUGCUGUUUCUUACAAACCUAGUUUAUUUAUAUUUGCACUUUUUUUUGUUUUUGUUUUUUUGAUAAAUGGUACAUGGAUAUAAUUAAAAUACGUUUCUAUAGUUUUGUAAUUAAAUCAAAACAAAUCUGCAUGAUUUAUUUCCCACAUGGAAUUCAAAUUAUAAAACAUGAAUAAAUAAUAAAACACUUGUACCUACAUUUUUUUUAAAGAACCAAAGUUAUUAUUCCAGUUCUAAACCAGAAACACAAUAGUGAGCUGUAAAAAUGGUGAUCAUGCCACUGUUCUUUGAAAUAAUUCUGAGGAAAAGACUUGAAUUAUUAUUGUGCUCAUUACUGUUGAGCUUGAUGCUCUUAUAUCAAUGAAUUGUUGACAAUGAUCACAUGAGGUUACAUCAUUUUUUACAUUUCAGUAACUUUUGUACUAUAUAUUGCUGUACUCAAUGCAUAAUGCACUUUUUAAGUUGAGCAAAGGGUACUAUAUGUAUUCAUUUUGAGAAUAAAAAAUCUUUUACCUGAAAACA